UCGCCGUCCUUUUCUGGCGCGGGUCGGUGGUGCUACCCCUGCCCGCCUGCCUUAUUAAAAAAAACUGCAAUAAUUAAAUCCCGGGUGACAUUUUUGCAACUUCCCCUUACUCUUCUGUACUUUACUUCCACCUCCCGUCCUUUGCCGUUUUCCCACCCACCCCCUCUUCGUCUCUUUUCGUUUUUGCAGAGAGGUCGAGAGAUUGCGAGAGUCCACGGAUGAAUUGAGAACCUGCACGGCAAGAGAGAUCGAGAGACCGAGAGAAAGAGCGCGCGAGAGAGAGACAAGUCCGGGGAAAAGAUUUUACUACUUCCUUAAUACCCGGCAUCCUACUUUUUGCCCUCCUCCGUCAACCCGACUCGCUACCUUACCUUAGCUCUCGCCCACAUCUCGAACCGACCCCGAACCUCUCCCAUACCUGACUCCGUGAACGACCGAUAUACACGUUUCUUCGUCACAAGGAUUGGCUUGCGUUCAGUAAACCUCUGUUCGUACAAGGGUAGCAGCUACUUCUCGACAUCUCCCACCGACCUCCUUCUCUUCGCACACUCGUUUAGCUCUUCAGCAUCUAGUCCUUCUUUUCUUGAUUACUUCCCUCUUUUUACUACUCUCUUUGCCUAUCUAAAUACUCUGUCCUCAACACCACUCGUUACAUUUCCUUACCUUAUCUACCAACUUUAAACUUUGCUGGCUUCGCCUCCGACCACUCUCUACCCGGUCCAUCUACAUAUGACCCUCGAUUACAUAGCUCCCCUGGAGCAGCUGCAAGUGUCUAUUCACGCAAGAGAAGCCUUGUAGCACCCUCACUGAAACGAACACGAAUUCGUCCCUACCGUCGAUAAACCUUUCGAACCACUCGUUGCCCACCCGUCUCUUUACAUCCAACACCCCGAGCCAAAAAUGGCCGAAACCGCGAGCAACGCCGACUCGAGCCAACAGAAACUAGGCGCCCCCAAGGAUAAGAACUGCCCCUACUGCGGCCAGGCCUUUACGUCCUCCUCUCUCGGUCGACACCUCGAUCUCUACAUCAAGGAAAAGAACCCCAAGCCGCCAGAUGGAAUCCACGACGUGGACGCAAUCAAGCGUCUGCGAGGAAGCAUCACACGCAGACAGCCGAGAGGAUCCUUGGGCGGGAGGAACGCCUCAACCCCAGCCACGACCCCUAGACCUACUGCCAAGCGAGAUGCUGCGCCAGAUAGUGGAGAUUCUCACAAGUCCCCGGCUCUGCCAAAGGACGGGCAAUACGCCGUGGACUCUACGCUGAGCAAAUAUCCUUGGACUCCCUCAUGGGAAGCCACUGGCGUCAUGAACAACAUCCCCGCCAAAAACGGCGAAGUUGGUACCUCGACCGAUGGCGAGGGCAGCCAAAAUGCAGGAAAGAGACCGAGACAAGUGAGCAAGCAAGUCAUACAAAAGGCGCAGUUCGACGUCAAGCACAAGCUAGCAGAUGCCAUGGAUACUGCUCGCGCGGCAGAGCUUGCAUUACGAGAGCUGUUAAGCUCGUGGAGGGCAGCCAAGCAACAAAUCGACAACAACUCCAUGCCUUUCGACUUUGACCCUCUAGCCCUCGACUUUCCUGCGUUGACCUUGCAAUGCCUCGCCUCGCCGCCCACUCUCUUCUCCUCUACCCAGCAUCCCACUUCCACCUCUUGGUCCGUUCAGUCACCCGGUCAAAGAGAGUAUGAUGCUCUGAAGGCUUUCUUCCAAGAAGAGUUCAGUAACUGGAAAAUUACCUGCGCGACUGCUACUACGGCAGCUAUGGAAGAUCUAACAUAUCCUCCUCGGGAUCAACCCGUCAGAGACACCCGCGAAGCAGUGAAGAAAGCGGAAAAGUCAGCGGAAAACCUCGAGAAGCAGGUGAAUGAGCACCUUGCAUCAGCUUUCCAGGUUUGGUCUUCUCUGCCUAUUCAGCGGCGGAACGAGCUGUGGCUCUUGGAAAUGGCUAGGAGCGUUGGCAGGAAGCAAACGGAGAUCGACAAGAUGAAGGAUGACCAGCACAGGCUGCAGCAGGAGAACGCCAACCUGAAGUCUCAGAUCGACCAGCUCAACCGUCUCCAACAGCCCCGAGAGUUUAAGCUAUUCUCGCCGGCCACGGUGCCCCUGGAGCGGCAGCUUCUCACCCACGUUUUGGAGGCAGGUAUCAAGAGCGGAAGCCGCCACGUUGGACUGCGAUUGGAGGAUCGGCAAUUGGAUCUGAACGACGUUGUUGUGCGGGCAAUCGAGAGGUGGAAGACGGUAAUCAGCAUGAACCGUGUCGCCAAUACGGGCAUGAAUGCUCAGAGGGCACUGGACCAAGCAAACAACAGCACCCCUACGCCGACGCCGACUCCUCAACAACAGCAGCAGCAGCAACAGCAACAACAGAACCAGCAAGGGCAGCAACAGCAACCGCAACAACACCAACAGAUGCAGGCAGCACAACAGCAGCAGCAAAUGCAACAACAGCAGGUACAACAAUUCCCGAGCCCCGAGCAUCGGCAGUCGACAACGAGCGCCACUGGCCAUAGCGACCCGGGUGAUUCAACAGGCCCGCCUUCGAUUGACGAGGCAAGCGAUCAAGAUGCCGAUGCGGAUGGGGAUGCCGACGCCGACGCCGAUGCUGAGAUGGAGGAUGAUGACAGUUUUGCCGUCAUGAACACGCCCACUGCGAAGCCCAUGCCCCAGCAGCCGAUUCAACGACAAGCCACUCUCGAGGUGCCACGGACGAGGCAGGUCCAGCAAAGGGGUGCGAGCGACGCGCGGUUCAUGAUGCAGAACGGGAAUCCCAAUGGGAAUCGGCAAGCAAUCAACAUGAGCCGGUCGAUGCCGAAUAUGCAAGCUACGAUGCAGAGCAUGCAUGGCGGUGACAUGGGACUGGCCAUGUCACAGGUGAGAGGGGAUCCAAUGUAUAUGGAUUGAGAGAUUCAUUACAAUAAGGCUCUACGGAGGAGGGAGGUUUUCAUAUUCGAACUGGAGGGCAAAAAAAAAUGAAAAAGCUGUGGCCUUACAGUUCACGCCCAGCUUGUUUUUUUUUUCGGGCGAAAGCCCAUUGUAUAAGCUUACAUUUACAAACGGUUGCAUCUCUCCUGAGGCAUAUAAAGCGCAUACAGAGCGUGGCCCGGAGUAGUCUUUUUUGGACAUCUUUUUUC